CCAAGUUUAAAGUUAAAACUCAUUUUUCCCUCUCCGCCAUUCUCACUUCAUAAACUUUCUCUGCUCGUUUCACGUUACACCUCCCUAAAUAUCUCUCCUUUUUCAUCUUUCUUUCUUUCUUUCUUUUAACACUGCUACUUUUUGUAUUUUUAUCCAAUUUCCUGACAUUAUCCACCCUCAGAAUCUAUCCCCUGCACCCAUCCAUCUAUCUAUAUUGCCAGUUCAACUUUUAAUUUUCAGCUAGUCCUGGUUAUAGACUUAUCCUUCCACUAAAACUCAGCAAAUAAACAGAAACAGGGAAAAAAAAAAAAAAAAAAAAGAGGACUGCAAUAGAUCACUAAAAAUCAUGUGCGGAAUAUUAGCAGUUUUGGGUUGUUCUGAUGAUUCUCAGGCCAAAAGGGUUCGCGUCCUCGAGCUCUCUCGCAGACUGAAGCAUCGGGGUCCUGAUUGGAGUGGAUUAUAUCAGCACGGUGACUUUUAUCUGGCUCACCAGCGCCUAGCAAUCAUUGAUCCCGCCUCGGGUGAUCAACCUCUGUUCAAUGAAGACAAAAGGAUCGUUGUAACUGUGAAUGGAGAGAUCUACAAUCACGAGCAGCUGCGGAAGAGUUUGCCUAAUCACAAGUUCAGAACUGGCAGCGAUUGUGAUGUUAUUGCACAUCUUUAUGAAGAGCAUGGAGAAAAUUUUGUGGACAUGCUGGAUGGAAUGUUUUCUUUUGUUCUGCUGGAUACCCGUGACAACAGCUUUAUUGUUGCCCGGGAUGCCAUUGGAAUCACUUCCCUGUACAUUGGCUGGGGGCUUGACGGUUCUGUUUGGAUUUCAUCAGAAUUGAAAGGUUUGCAUGAUGAUUGCGAACAUUUUGAGGUCUUUCCACCAGGGCACUUGUAUUCCAGCAAGAAUGGUGGCCUCCGAAGAUGGUACAAUCCUCCGUGGUUUUCUGAGGCUAUUCCAUCAACUCCUUAUGAGCCCCUCGUUCUGAGGCGUGCAUUUGAAAAUGCCGUGAUAAAAAGAUUGAUGACUGAUGUGCCUUUUGGGGUUCUGCUGUCUGGAGGGCUUGAUUCGUCAUUGGUCGCUGCUAUCACUGCUCGUUACUUGGCUGGUACAAAGGCCGCCAAGCAAUGGGGAGCACAGCUUCAUUCCUUCUGUGUUGGUCUCGAGGGAUCUCCAGAUUUGAAGGCUGCAAAAGAAGUUUCUGAUUAUUUGGGUACUGUACAUCAUGAAUUUCACUUCACUGUUCAGGAUGGUAUCGAUGCAAUUGAAGAUGUUAUUCACCACGUCGAGACUUAUGAUGUGACCACAAUCAGAGCAAGCACGCCUAUGUUCCUUAUGUCGCGGAAGAUUAAGUCUCUGGGAGUUAAGAUGGUCAUAUCUGGUGAAGGCUCUGAUGAGAUAUUUGGUGGUUAUCUGUACUUUCAUAAAGCACCAAACAAGGAAGAGUUCCACCGAGAGACAUGUCGCAAGAUUAAGGCCCUUCACCAGUAUGAUUGCUUGAGGGCAAACAAGGCAACAUCUGCUUGGGGUGUAGAAGCUCGUGUUCCAUUCCUGGACAAAGAAUUCAUUAAUGUCGCCAUGAGCAUCGACCCUGAGUCGAAGAUGAUUAAACUAGGGGAGGGGCGUAUUGAGAAGUGGAUUCUUAGGAGAGCUUUUGAUGAUGAGGAGCACCCCUAUCUCCCCAAGCAUAUUCUGUACAGGCAGAAAGAGCAAUUCAGUGAUGGCGUAGGUUAUAGUUGGAUUGAUGGCCUUAAAGCCCAUGCUGAGCUGCACGUUACCGACAAGAUGAUGCUUAAUGCUGAACACAUCUUCCCCCACAAUACCCCAACCACAAAGGAAGCAUACUACUACCGAACAAUUUUUGAGAGGUCCUUCCCCCAGAAUUCAGCAAGCCUUACUGUUCCUGGCGGGCCAAGUGUGGCAUGCAGUACAGCAAAAGCUAUUGAAUGGGAUGCUUCAUGGUCAGAGAACCUUGAUCCUUCGGGCAGGGCUGCUGUCGGGGUGCAUAAUUCAGCUUACGAGAAGCUUCUUCCAUCAGUUGCUAAUGGAAAUUUGGCACCUACGAUGAUUGACGACGUUCCACGCAUGGUUGGAAUACCCGCAAAGGAGCUCACAAUCCAGAGCUAACAUUUCGAAUAAGAAUAUAACUGCUUGUUUGUGGUCGUGUUAGAAUAUGCAGGAUGAGUUUUUAGUGCCCUGCUGUAUGAAAGAAGUUACUAUUACUAUUAGGAUUGUAAAGUUGAAUAAAGCCAUUUGGCACUAUGAAAAUCUUGAUACAGUCCUGUGGCGCAACAGUUUAGGGGAUAGCUUUUAAGUUGUGCACGGAGCUGUGGUGCGAUGGUUCAAGCAGCAAGUUUUGUGUUGUAACCUUAUGUUUUGUAAUCUAUUUCUUCUGUUUUGGCUA